UAUUGACGUUUCAAAGAACCGUACAUUAGGAAGGCGUAUGUGCAGUUGACGUGUUCAGUACGAGUGUUUAGGGUUAGGAUAGAAAAAAAAUCUUUCUGCUCCAGCAGGGAUUUUAUCUACUAAUUUCUUACCAUGGCUUUCAAAAGAGACAAGAAGGAAGAAGAGGAUGGUGGUGGGAACCCAUUUGAAAACAUCGAAAAGACAUCAGUCUUGCAAGAAGCAAGAGCAUUUAAUGAUACAUCUGUUAAUCCCCGAAAAUGUACUCACAUCCUCACCAAAGUGCUGUACUUACUAAAUCAGGGCGAGAUAUUGGGCACAACCGAAGCCACAGAGGUGUUCUUUGCCAUGACAAAGUUAUUCCAAUCCAAAGACGUUGUCCUACGGCGUAUGGUGUACCUAGGCAUCAGAGAAUUGUCCUCAAUAGCUGAGGAUGUUAUCAUUGUUACAUCAUCUCUUACCAAGGAUAUGACAGGAAACGAGGCCCUGUACAGAGCAGCAGCAAUACGUGCUCUUUGCUCUAUCACAGAUGUCACAAUGCUUCAAGCUAUUGAACGUUACAUGAAACAAGCUAUUGUUGACAAGAAUCCUGCUGUCAGCAGUGCUGCACUUGUUAGCUCACUUCAUUUAGCCAAAACAGCUGGAGAACUUGUGAAGAGAUGGGUGAAUGAAGCCCAGGAAGCAUUUUCUUCUGACAAUGUAAUGGUGCAGUACCAUGCUCUUGGUCUCAUGUACCAUAUUCGCAAAACAGACAGAUUGGCUGUCAUCAAACUUGUUUCACGCCUUACUAAACAGGGUUUAAAAUCUCCAUUUGCAGUGUGCCUCCUAAUCAGAAUUGCCUGUCGCCUCCUAGAAGAUGAUGAUAGCGCACCAGGUACUGACUCUACUCUACUUUCCUUCAUUGAAAGUUGUCUUCGACACAAAACUGAGUUGGUCAUCUAUGAAGCUGCACAUGCUAUGGUCAACUUACGGCGAACAACAGCAAGGGAACUUGCCCCUGCAGUAUCUGUACUACAGUUAUUCUGCUCUACAUCCAAGCCCCCUCUACGGUUUGCAGCUGUGCGAACAUUGAAUCAGGUGGCAAUGUCACAUCCAUCAGCUGUUACUGCUUGCAACUUGGACUUAGAAAACCUGAUAACAGAUUCUAACCGUUCUAUAGCUACUCUUGCUAUCACUACACUUCUGAAAACAGGAGCUGAGUCCUCUGUAGAUCGUCUCAUGAAGCAAAUAGCUUCAUUUGUCAGUGAAAUUAGUGAUGAAUUUAAAAUAGUUGUUGUUCAGGCAAUCCGCGCUUUGUGCACCAAAUUUCCCAGAAAGCACAGUGUGCUCAUGAAUUUCUUAUCAGCAAUGUUGCGUGAUGAAGGUGGUCUAGACUACAAGGCAUCUAUAGCUGACACAAUCAUUACUAUUAUUGAGAGCAAUCCAGAAGCCAAAGAGACAGGCUUGGCACAUCUCUGUGAGUUUAUUGAGGACUGUGAACACACUAGUUUGGCUGUGCGUAUUCUCCACUUGUUAGGAAGGGAGGGGCCAAAGACCAAACAACCCUCAAGGUACAUACGCUUUAUAUACAACAGAGUAAUAUUGGAAAAUGCAGCAGUACGUGGUGCGGCUGUGGCAGCCAUGGCUCAGUUUGGAGCUCAGUGCCCUGAUUUACUUGAAAAUGUUCAAGUACUGUUGGCACGUUGCCAGAUGGAUUCUGAUGAUGAAGUUCGUGAUCGGGCUACUUAUUACUACACAAUCCUUGCCCUCAGUAAAAGGAAUCUGUACAACAGCUAUAUUACUGAAAGCCUUCAGGUUUCUAUUCCUGCAUUAGAAAAGUCACUUCACCAAUAUACCCUUAAUGCUUCGGACACACCAUUUGAUAUGAAGUCAGUUCCUUUAGCUGCUGUUGAGCCUUUGGUACUAGAAAAUGCUCCUCAAAAAGGAGCUCCGGAAGGGACACUCUUAUCCACUCCAGCAGCUCCACAGAGGCUGGGUGUUUCCAAAGAAGAGUCCGCCCUUGAACUACUAUCAAACAUUCCAGAAUUUGCUCCUCUCCUCCCUCAACUUGGACCAAUUUUCCGCACCUCGGAACCUGUUGAACUUACGGAGUCUGAAACUGAAUAUGUUGUUCGCUGCAUAAAGCACUGCUUUGCUAGACACCUUUUACUGCAGUUUGACUGCCUCAAUACUCUAAGCGAUCAACUUUUAGAAAAUGUCCGUGUCUCACUUGAACCAGCAGAGGGAUAUAGAAUUUUACGAGAACUACCUAUUCCUAAACUCCCUUACAAUGAAACUUGCUCUGCAUUUUGUUUGCUUGAAUUCCCUGAAGAACUCACAGCCUCAACUGGUACAUUUGGUGCUACCUUAGCAUACAUGGUCAAAGAUUGUGAUCCUGCUACAGGCUUGCCUGACUCAGAUGAUGGCUACGAUGACACGUACAUGGUUGAAGAUGUUGAAGUAAACCUGGCUGACCAAGUGCAGCGUGUUUGGAAGGGUAAUUGGGCAGCUGCCUGGGAAGAGGCUGCUAACUUAUGUGAACUAGAAGACACUUAUGCAUUGACUAGUAUGCGCUCCUUACAAGAAGCUUCAACUAACAUUGUGCAGUUCCUUGGCUUACAACCUGCUGACCGAUCAGAGCGUGUUCAGGAGGGAAAGAGUUCACAUACUUUGUAUUUAGCAGGUGUGUUCCGAGGUGGUCACGAUGUACUUGUUCGUGCUAAACUUGCUCUUGCUGAUGGUGUUACCAUGCAGCUCACAGUUAGAGCAAGCAACCCAGACGUUGCAGAACUUGUGACUUCUGCUGUUGGUUAAACAAUAAUUUUAAGACGGUCCUAUGUAUGAAUGAGUGUUUGUAAUUAUAGUUUUGAUCUGUACUGUAAUCAAAUCACUAAUACCUGAUAAGGUAGUUGAAAUUAGAAAAUCUUUAUUCAUAAAAAAUGAACUCCAUGCCAUUUUUCCAGAGUAUUAUUUUAAUACAGUCACUUUCAACUAUCUUCUUUGAAUGUUAUAUUAUGCCUGUUUUACUGCUGAUUAUUUGGAAGAGAUAAAACUUUUUAGAUAGUGGUCUUUUGUUGUUGUAUGUACAUUAAAUAAAAGUUAUAUAAGUUAAUAAUAA